CUCUCCUCGUCCCUUUUUCUCGUUCAUUGACAUUAGACAACUUCUCAGACGAAAGUAUCAAACAAAAAACAUGUAACGUUAGGCUUCUCACAUAUGCUUUCGCAUCUAGUUUGUGUUUUGAAAGUGAAAUCUAGAACCGGAAGUGACGGUUGUUUACGUGUCUAUGCAUCCUGCGGAGGGAUAUUAUAUAUAUAUUUUUUUAUCUUAUUGGAUUUUACAGGAAAUGCUACUUUCCUUCAACCGUCAGCUGAACCCAUGGAAUAAGCUAAAUCUCGAGGCUCAAUUUAUAUAUUUUUUCAAAUUGAGUCGUCUUAGCAAAAUGCAUGGGGAUGACAUAUUAGAACCGAUGAAGUUAGCUAGAUGCUAACCAGAUACGAAGCCAAACAGCACUACACCGCAUCUCAACCAUCUGGUAAACAAUACCCUGCACUGUAAUUUCAUCAACGUCACGUGCAUUCUGUGUUCCAUUUGUAUUGACCCUGGUCAGAGUGAAGCAGAACCAUGGGGAAUCAGCUGGCAGGGAUCGCUCCUGCCCAGAUCCUAUCUGUCGACAGCUACUUCUCUGACAUCCAUGAUCACGAGUACGACAAGAGCCUGGGCAGCACGCGCUUCUUUAAGGUGGCCCGCGCCAAGCACAGGGAAGGCCUGGUGGUGGUGAAGGUGUUUGCCAUCCAGGACCCAUCUCUACCUCUCACCAGCUACAAGCAGGAGCUGGAGGAGCUAAAGAUCAGACUGCACUCGUGCCAGAACUGCCUGCCCUUCCAGAAGGCCUCCCUCACUGAGAAAGCAGCCAUCCUCUUCCGCCAGUAUGUCCGGGACAACUUAUAUGAUCGCAUCAGCACGCGACCCUUCCUCAACAAUGUGGAGAAGCGCUGGCUAGCCUUCCAGAUCCUCACCGCCGUAGACCAGGCGCACAAAUCGGGCGUGCGCCACGGUGACAUUAAGACAGAAAACGUGAUGGUGACCAGCUGGAACUGGGUGCUGCUCACUGACUUUGCCAGCUUCAAGCCCACCUAUCUGCCUGAGGACAACCCAGCUGACUUUAAUUACUUCUUUGACACGUCUCGACGGAGGACAUGUUACAUCGCCCCCGAGAGGUUUGUGGAUGGGAGUAUGUUCACCACAGAGAGCGACCAGAAUACCCCUCUGGUGGACCUCACCAGCAACAGCCAGAGGAGCAGGGGAGAGCUCAAACAGGCAAUGGAUAUCUUCUCAGCAGGUUGUGUCAUCGCAGAGCUCUUCACAGAGGGAGUACCACUGUUUGAUCUCUCCCAACUUCUGGCGUAUCGCAAAGGACACUUCCAGACAGAGCAUGUUCUCAUGAAAAUAGAAGACCAUUACAUCAGAGAACUAGUGGCCCAGAUGGUGCAGCGGGAGCCGGAGAAGCGUCUGACUGCGGAGGAGUACCUGAAGCAGCAGAGAGGUAACGCCUUCCCAGACAUCUUCUAUACCUUUCUGCAGCCCUACAUGGCCCAGUUUGCCAAGGAGACCUUCCAGUCGGCAGACGAGCGUGUGCUGGUCAUCCGCAAGGACCUGGAUAACAUCCUCCAUAACCUCCGCGGGGGAGGGUCAGGUGGGUCGACGGAGAAGCCUGAGAAGGGGGACCAGGAGUUGAGUGUGGUGUCGACCAAGGAGGAGCAGGGUCUGGUGGUGCUGGUGUCUGUCAUCACCUCCUGCCUUCAGACGCUGCGUUCGUGCGACUCCAAGCUGGCGGCUCUGGAGCUGGUGCUGCACCUGGCGGGCCGCCUCAGGGUGGAGACGCUGCUGGACCGCAUCACGCCAUACCUGCUGCACUUCUGCAGCGACCUGGCGCCACGGGUUAGGGCCCAGGCCGUGCGCACCCUAGCCAAGGUGCUGGCGCUGGUGAAGGAGGUUCCCCGUAACGAUGUCAACAUCUACCCAGAGUACAUCCUGCCAGGCAUCGCCCACCUGGCGCAGGACGACGCCACCAUCGUCAGGCUGGCAUACGCAGAGAACAUAGCCCACCUGGCUGAGACAGCUUUGCGUUUUUUAGAGCUUGUUCAGGAGAAUAACCUGAAUAUGGAGCACGACUUGAAUGGGGAGGACACAGAGGAGACCCUCCACCCUAAUGAGAACUACGACUCUGAGCUGCAGGCGCUUCAUGAGAUGGUGCAGCAGAAGGUGGUUACGUUACUGAGUGACUCUGAGAACAUCGUCAAGCAGUCGCUGAUGGAGAAUGGCAUCACGCGGCUCUGCGUCUUCUUCGGCCGGCAGAAGGCCAACGACGUGCUUCUGUCCCACAUGAUCACUUUCCUGAAUGACAAGAAUGACUGGCACCUCAGGGGAGCCUUCUUCGACAGCAUCGUGGGUGUGGCGGCGUACGUGGGCUGGCAGAGCUCAUCCAUCCUGAAGCCCCUCCUGCAGCAGGGUCUGAGUGAUGCGGAGGAGUUUGUCAUCUACAAGGCCCUCAACUCUCUCACCUGCAUGUGCCAGCUGGGCCUGCUGCAGAAACCACACAUCUACGAGUUUGUCAGUGACAUCGCCCCAUUCCUGUGCCACCCCAACCUGUGGAUCCGCUAUGGGGCGGUGGGCUUCAUCACCGUGGUGGCCCAGCAUCUCAACAUAGCAGACGUCUACUGCAAACUGAUGCCUCACCUCAACCCCUUCAUCACCCAGCCCAUCAUACAGAUUGAUAAAGAGAUAGUACUUCUGAGUGUGCUGAAGGAGCCAGUGAGCCGCUCCAUCUUCGACUACUCCCUGCGCUCCAAAGACAUCGCCAGCCUCUUCCGCCACCUGCUGCUGCGGCAGAAGAAGCGCAGCGGCUCACUCCCAGAAUGCCCCAUUCCGGAGGACCCCGCCAUUGCCCAGCUGCUUAAGAAACUGCUCUCUCAGGGGAUGACGGAGGCUGAAGAGGACAAGCUGCUAGCACUGAAGGACUUCAUGCUCAAGUCCAACAAGGCCAAGGCCAACAUGGGAGACCAGAGCCACCUUGGGGAGGCAGUCCAGAGUGGGGUCAUUGACCUGGCCACGCUGGGCAUCAUGGGACGCCAGGUGGACCUGGUCAAACCUAAACAGGAGGCCGAGGACAAGAGAGCUGGUAUGUUUCAAUCGCAUGGAACUGUCCUUUUGGAGUGUUGGACUGCUGCUGCCCGGAAACACACCAAACAGGACUCCAACAUGAAUGAAGAGUGGAAGAGCAUGUUUGGCUCUCAGGAGUCAGCGGCUACGGCACCACAGCUCCCCGCGGUGCCUGAAGGGGCGGGGACUCAGACCAGGAAGACCACAGCCUCCCUUGGUGUCCCUGUGGGGCAGUCUGCAGGCGCUGUCUCAACCUAUCAGCGUCGUCUCAACACGUGCAAGGCGGAGCUUCAACAUCUGGUGCAGCAGAAAAGGGAGCAGUGCAGCGCAGAGCGCAUGGCCAAGCAGAUGAUGGAGAGCGCUGAAUGGGAGAGUCGUCCGCCUCCACCAGGGUGGCACCCUAAGGGUCUUCUAGUGGCCCACCUCCAUGAGCACAAGUCUGCUGUCAACCGUAUCCGUGUGUCAGACGAGCACUCCAUCUUCGCCACGGCCUCCAACGACGGCACCGUCAAGGUCUGGGACAGCCAGAAGAUGGAGGGCAAAACCACUACCACCAGGUCAGUGCUGACGUACUCCCGCAUCGGGGGCCACGUGAAGACGUUGACCUUCUGUCAGGGGUCACACUACCUGGCUGCUGCCUCAGACAACGGUUCCAUCCAGCUCCUGGCCAUCGAGGCCAACAAGCCCCCCAAAUCACCCAAAGUUAACCCCUUUCAGACCAGGUUCCUGGACCAGAAGGAUGACGGCUGCGUGGUGGACGUCCACCAUUUUAAUUCUGGAGCCCAAUCUGUGCUGGCCUACGCCACGGUGAACGGCUCCCUGGUGGGCUGGGACCUGCGCUCCAACUCCAACGCCUGGACCCUCCGCCACGACCUCCGCCUGGGCCUCAUCACCUCCUUCACCGUGGACAUGCACCAGUGCUGGCUCUGCCUGGGUACAAGCAACGGCACUAUGGCAUGCUGGGACAUGCGGUUCCAGCUCCCCAUCUCAAACCACUCCCACCCUACCCGAGCACGAAUCAGACGGCUGCUCAUGCACCCGCUCUACCAAUCCUCCGUCAUUGCUGCGGUCCAGGGCAACAAUGAGGUAUCCAUGUGGGACAUGGAGACUGGGGACAGGAAGUUCACGCUGUGGGCCAGCUCUGCUCCCCCUCUCUCAGAGAUGCAGCCGUCCCCCCACAGUGUCCAUGGGAUCUACUGCAGCCCUGCAGACGGAAACCCCCUCCUCCUCACAGCUGGCUCCGACAUGAGAAUCAGGUUCUGGGACUUGGCUUACCCAGAGAGGUCCUACAUCGUGGCAGGUGGAGCCAAUGAACCGCUGCACUGUCCCUCAGUCCUCUACAGCCGCAAGAUCAUCGAGGGCACCGAGGUUGUACAGGAGAUCCACAGCAAACAGAAGAGUGGAGCCACAGAGGACGCACCCCGCAGGGGCCCAGAGUCCCUCCCCGUGGGCCACCAUGACAUCAUCACUGACAUCGCCACUUUCCAGACCACACAGGGCUUCAUCGUCACUUCGUCCAGAGACGGCAUCGUCAAAGUCUGGAAAUAAACUGCCCCUUUCAGGCGCUCGCACUCUCGCUGACACACACACUAGUCCUCUCGCUGACACACACUCACACACCCAACCACCCACACACACUAGUCCUCAACAUCUUCACCCCAGAGUUUUGAUCUAUGUUGUAGACUUUUGUACAUAGUAUAUUUUAAAGCUAAUUAAUAUAAGAGAAGCUUCUGGAAAUCCUGUCGCAAAAUACGAGUAGAUGUUAACCCUUUGUUUGUAAUGACAUUCACUGAAGUCCCAAUUAUGCAAUGCCUGAUAUCUGUUUAUGUUAAACUGCUCAAGAAGUGUCAAUAAAGUUUGGUAUGAUGAAUGAA